AUGUCUGAAGUCUUGGUGGCACUGGUGCGCGUCAAAAAGCGCGAUGGAUGCGCUGAGUUCUCGCACAAAGGCUUACGCUGGACAGCUGAUGUGUCUUCUGAGUCUUCGGUAGGCCACCACCCACCAAUUGUUGUGUUAUGGAACAACGUGCAUGACCAGCAGAUUUCAUCUCGUACGAGCCCUAAGGCUAUGAUCCGUCUACGACUUGCACACAACUCGACGCUUGUUCUAGAAUUUUUCACACAUUCUGGUAAUUUAGAAGAUGCCUUUGCGGUGCGCGAACAGGCUAAAGACUAUAUUGCUCGCCGGUUGCGCGAAAACGGAGCCAGCGGAUUGCGCUCCAAUUCCGCGGCGCUGUGCAAUCCCACAGAAAUCAAGCAGCGGGCAGCGCUGCUAGCUGCCAAUCCAGCACUGAAGCGACAGCACACAGAAAUGGUAAAUGAUGGUUUGAUUUCGGAGGAAGAUUUCUGGGCGAGUCGUCGCCAUUUGAUCGCUGGAGAGGCUAGUAAACGACAGAAGACAGCGAAAACGUCUGCAAUACUUACAGACUUGGCAGCGAACAAUGAUUCAGGCGGCAAUGUUGUUAAAUACAACUUAAAUGCAGAGGUCAUACACCAGAUCUUCACUCAAUAUCCGGCCGUGUACAUGGCGUACCAGGAACAAGUACCAGACAAGAUGACGGAGACGGAAUUUUGGGGAGCUUUUUUCAAAUCAAAGUAUUUUCAUCGAGAUCGGAAAGCCGGGCAUGAAGAUAUGUUUUCAAAGUAUGAGGAAAAGGGGAACCAAGAGGCUAUGAAUGUGGGCAUCGAUCCACGUGGUAUUGUGGACCCAUUGAUUGAUCUUACGACAACUGAGGAAGAUGCAGCAGUACAUCACGCUAAAAGACGCACCAAUAAAAAUAAAAAAGAUGACCCUGGCAGCAUUACCAUUACCAAAUUUAACAGACAUGGCGCUUAUGUGCUAGAUCCCGCGCAUGGAGUAAAGUUGCAACAGCAAAAAGCACAGAAAAACAAUGCCCAGCAAUCGUCGCUCUCACCUAAAAAGCCGAGUGCAGGCUUCCAUGACAACCUGGGAGACGCAACGUUGCUAGACGAUCUUCGAAAUAAACCGUCGCGACCGUAUAACCCGCUCACGCUGGAAGAUGAGUCGCGCUACUUCCAACACGCUCAAAAGGGAACUGCUGCUGAUAUUGACACGCCAGACAAAAUGUCGCUUGUUCAAGCAGCACUGGAGUUCCAAGCGACAUGCAGAGCUCCAUUUCAUUUAGAGCUGGCUUACCCCAGUUCAAAUUUGUGCUUUAACGUGCUUGCUGAAGUCGUUGCGUGCUCAGACUCAACAAGUGACUCAGCUUCAGCCUCGUCUGCUGCAAAUUUAGCAAGUGGCGCAUUGGCUGCCGAGUAUAUCCCAAACGAGUUUAAAAAACAGGUUUACAUCCAGUUUCAUGACGUAUGCGAGCUGUUGCGGCACUUUCUUUCGUUUAAGACGAAGGUGGCGGAAGGUGGUGGUCCUGAAGCCCAACACAAACUUAAUAGAAUUGUCGAAAAGAUGGGUUCCAAAUACGACGAGUUGGUCAAGUUACGCGAGUCACUGCCGCCGCAUGAGAAGAAUCUGCUGGCUCCAUUGCUAAAACCGUUUGAUGACCAGCUUAAUCUGGCCUUUAUUUAA